AUGACGUCUGAGCAACGACUGCAGAAACUUCAUACCAUUGACGUUCACUACCCAGAUCUGGGUAAUGCUCCUGACUGGUUGAAGCAAAUUUCUCUCGUGACACGACCAAUCAGAAGCACUACCCAGAUCUGGGUAGUGACGCGUAAUCAGUAUGGAAUUUCUGCAAACGGUGCUCAGACGUCAUUUGGCGGGAAAACCUGUGGUCGCGUCGUGAAAUGUCGGCUGUUUCUCAGACUAUCAGUACACACUUCACACGAAUUUCUUUUCUCUUUGUAUAAAUCUGAAGAACGUAUUGUUUAAAUUGUCUGUGGGGACGAAGAUUUGCGUUUUUGCCCCAACUUUCUGUCAGUUU